AAUGAGUUAUAUAGGCUUGCCUGGAAUUGCUAAGAAAUUUUAUUAGAAUACGUUAUCAAUCAGCUCGAACCACCCUAAUAGUCACACAAAACAUUUUAUACCGGAGUUACACAUUUUUGGAGUUUGAGUGAAAUGUUAGCCUUAGUCGUUGCCCGAUUAUCUUAUCGCCGAGUGUGGUGGGCUACAAGUUUGGGUAACGAACAUAGACGCCAGUUCUUACUCACUAACUGGCCAUGCGGUGACGUUAAUACGGAUUGGCUCUCCCCAAAAAUUGAAGCAAAUCUCGGCCGAAUCCUUCAUCAGUAGAUAAAUAUGGUGAUAUUCGGUGUUCGUUGAGCAAGUGCUUUGCGGUCAAGUUGAAUGCGUUCGAAUAGAGACGAUCGACUAUCGCUUCGUUGUCAUUUUAAAAUUGCAAAUUUAGUUACGACUUGUCCACCGACGUGUGCUCAUCGACGGCUCCGGCGCAAUUAAAUCUAAGAACUCUGGCCACUGUUAGUGCGGAAAUGUUUAUGCAAGCCACUAUUAUCGGAUGCCUGACCUUACUGUUGGUGACACUGGGUGCUGCUUUCGAGGAGCACCCCCAUUUUUGCAUCGAAACAAAACCGCUUCUUCUCUCUGAGAUCGAUCGGCAUGUGGUCAUACCCAACGAGAAGGACCUGCAGUGCCAUAUUAAGGCCACCACGUUGACUCCGAACGAGAAGGCGAGCCUCGUUGAUACCUUAUGCGCGGAUCACGGCUCCACGACGAUCAAGCGGGAUAAUCACCACUUUCUCCGGCUGCACAACGGAGAGCUCAGUGGACGAGGUACCCAAGCAGAGGUGUGUGCCAAUGACGCUGAUUCGGUCUUGGCGUGGGUGCCCUACCACACAGUGCUCAAGAAUUAUGCAGCCGAGCUGAAUCCCAAGGAGCGUUUGACCUACAUUGCCAAGGCUACGAAUGUGGAGCGCGAAAAGACAGAGCUCUGCCACUUCCGGCACACGGAUUUGGUCAAUGCUGUGUCCGACAAUCUGUUCACAUGUGUGGUCAUGAUUUUUGGAGAUAACUUUUACGGUCUGGAGGACAACAUCAAUGUGCUAGUGGAGCUGGAACCAUUGAUGUAUCAACUGAGGAAUAUCACAUACCUGCCGUGGCGCAAUGUGUCCAACAGCUACAAAAUGCAUCUGGGCGACAGUGCGCUUCGCAAUCCCAGUGGCGAACGAAAGCCCAUCUACGGUAGCUUAAAUUACGAGUUUGUGGAGAAGAUCCUGGUUAACAUGACUAGUGUAUACCAGGAUAAGAAACUAGCCAGGCUGCCGCUCCUCUUUGAGCACCGUUCUUCCGUCCUGGAGUUGGACUCGGAUGGAGUGGGCGGUAUGGAUGUUGCGGAGAAGGCCUAUUUCGGUCGCAGUAUGGAUCCCAGGAGCGAGGUGAAGGUCCAGGUGAUUGGUCAGUGGGUUGACCAACAUCGAGAGUUUGGCGCAGAUAUAUACGAGUAUUAUGGUCACGGGUUAAGGCGGUAUAGGCAACCUCUGACUGGAGCCAGACUAACCUUUGUCAGGAUUGACAACACGGAGCCGGUUUUCAUGGCACCGGAAUCGAGUAAUCUGGCGAAGGCCUCGCUUUUCCAAGAGCAGAAGGCUGGAAAACUGAAGGAGGAUAAAUCGGGAAACUUCACCGAGUGGGAAAACGCAAAAGAGGAGGAUUCCGAUGAAGAUGAGCCGGGAUUUUACGGCUGGUUCGUUAUGACCUCUCUUCUCUUGGCCCUCGUUGUUAUACUAGGCAUAUAUGUAGUAGUUCGCGCCCAUAGCAGGAGGAACAAACAACGCCAGAUGUACGAAGUGGCCAACACAAAUGUAGCUCCUCCACCAUAAAAUCAAGCAUUAGACUUAAGUUUUGUGAAUCCGAAAAACACCAGGAUCAACAGGUGUUUUACUCCGAAAUGUCAGUUUAAUAAAUGAGUUGGCAGCUCUACUGCCAAAUCCUUAAA